CUGCUAUUUCUAUGAUCAAGAACCCAACCUCCGUUACAACUUGUUAUUCAAAGCCUCCUACACUAAUUCAUCUGAUAAACAAAUGCAAGAACAUGAGAGAGCUCAAACAAAUCCAAGCUCAGAUCAUCACACAAGGCUACUUCUCUCCUAAUCAAGAUGCAACUCCACUUGAAGUCUCUAAGUUGGUCUCUUUCUGUGCAGUUUCACCUUACGGGAACUUAGCCCAUGCCAAAGCAAUCUUUAAUCAGCAGCGAAAAAACCCAUCUGUUGAACUGUACAAUUCUCUCAUUAGAGGACUCUCUUCAGCUAAAAACCCUGUUGAGGCACUGUCAUUAUACCGAAAAAUGCUUUCUUGUGGGCUAAAACCUAAUAAUUUCACCUACCCAUUUGUGAUCAAAGCAUGCACUGAGUCGUCCAUGCUUCGAAAUGGGAUUGUGGUUCAUACCCAUGUUGUUAAAUCUGGAUUAGAAUUUGAUUCUUAUGUUCAGAGUUCCUUGAUUCGUUUGUAUGCAAGUGGGAGAGACUUGCUUGGUGCAAAGCAACUGUUUGAUAUGUGUUUGGAAACGGACCUAGUUUCUUGUAAUUCAAUGAUUGAUGGGUACGCAAAAUCUGGUGAGAUGGAGCUAGCAAAAGCGGUGUUUGACAAGAUGGUAGUUCGAGAUACAAUUUCUUGGAACACCAUGAUCAACGGGUAUGGGAUUCUUGGGAGAAUAGAAGAUGCAAAGAAACUGUUUGAUGAAAUGCCCGAAAGGAAUGUGAGAUCUUGGAAUUCUAUGUUGGCAGGUUACGAUAAAUGUGGGGAUGUGGAGAAUGCUUUUGAUAUGUUCUCCAAGAUGCCUUAUAGAGAUGUUGUGUCUUGGAAUGCCAUGUUAGCAUGUUAUGCACAUACUGGGAAGUCAAAUGAAGCUCUUGCCUUAUUUGAUGAAAUGAAAGCCUUGGGGAUAAAGCCAACUGAAGCCACCAUGGUCAGCUUAUUAUCAGCCUGUGGUCAUUUGGGUGCCUUGGACCAAGGGCUGAAUUUGCAUUCCUAUAUCGUUGAUUGUGAAAUCAAUAUCAACUCCAUAGUUGGCACUGCAUUAGUAGACAUGUAUGCCAAGUGCGGUAGCAUUUCUCGUGCUUCUGAGAUUUUUCAUUCACUUGAAUCCAAAGAUGUUCUCGCUUGGAACACAAUUAUAACCGGCAUGGCCAUGCAUGGUAACGUUAGAGAUACAACACAACUUUUUCAAAUGAUGCAAAAGGAAGGUGUGGCACCAAAUGACAUUACUUUUGUGGCUGUGCUUGGUGCUUGUCGUCACGCGGGGAUGAUAGAGGAGGGUCGGAGACUACUGGCUUGUAUGAGAAGCACAUACGGGAUUGCACCUAAGGUGGAGCAUUAUGGUUGUGUCAUUGACCUCCUUGCUAGGGCUGGGCAAUUGGAUGAAGCCAUGGAGCUCAUUGGAAUAAUGCCUAUGGAACCUAAUGCUAGUGCUUGGGGAGCAUUGCUCGGAGGAUGUAGGAUUUAUGGGAAUGCUGAGGUAGGUGAAAAUGUGGGGAAGCGCUUGAUCAAUCUUCAACCACAUCAUAGUGGACGUUAUAUCCUUCUCUCAAAUAUAUAUGCUGCUGCAAAGAGAUGGGAUGAUGCAAGAAAAGUGAGGAAUCUCAUGAAAGUUAAAGGCAUUUCGAAGGUGCCAGGGGUAAGCGUGAUAGAACUAAAGGGAAUAAUUCACCGAUUUGUUUCUGGCGAUUGGUCCCACCCCGAGUCAAACAAAAUUUAUCUCAAAUUGCAUGAGAUAUCAACACGACUGAAGAGUACAAGUGGAUACUUACCAGAUACGGACCAAGUUUUGAUUGACAUAGAGGAAGAAGAGAAAGAGCAUGUGUUGUCUGUUCACAGUGAGAAGCUUGCCAUUGCUUAUGGAUUUCUACAUUUAGGUCCAGAGGAUUCCAUCAGAAUUGUGAAAAACCUGAGAGUUUGCAGAGACUGUCACGACGUGACAAAGCUGAUUUCAAGGGUGUAUGAUCGAGAAAUCAUUGUGAGGGACAGGAACCGAUUCCACCACUUCAAAGAUGGAGGAUGUUCUUGCCUAGAUUUUUGGUAGAGUUAUGGGAAUCAAAACAUCUGGAUCUUGGUAAUUGAUUUUUGGGCGUUCGAUAUAUGAGCCUCUUCAAACGAGACUUACUGCUAUUGAUAUGAAGACUCACAUAGGAUAGGACAUGGUCAACAGGAAAUAAUUAUUGGGAACAUACAGAAUGAUAAAACGCCAGUACCGGCCGAUACAUUUCUUGAUCACAAGGAAAAAAUAUUAUGCGUCUUCUGUAGCUAUUUGUCAGAAAGCAUCUCCUGGGCUCAAGUAGUUACUACUUGCCAAGAAAGGGACACUAUGGAAUGCACUAUUGCAGUAACCGAACAGUUUAUUCCCCUGCGCUACAUUAUGACGAGUCUUUUCUUUUUUGCGGUGUCUACUGCCUGAUAGAACAUGGUUUUUGGUAAACCUGAAACUUUUGGUGAAAGUGGUGUAUUCUGUCUCUAUUCAUCUACACGGUGCUGAAUUGGGACUUCCAACCGAUAUUGGGUUUUCAUGCCUUUACAAAUGACUACAUGAAUGGAAACCAAAGUUUGUAGACUUCCCAGAAGCCAUGGAACUGGUGAUUCUUGGCAGCUGGAUUUUCUUUGCCAGACUGUUUGGAAGGAGAGGAGAGGAGUGAUUAUUUAUUUUCAUUAUUUUUGCUGGUAAGCGUUAAGUUUACACCAAUAAAGAUUCAUGUCUCAAGUUAAUUUCCACUAA